CAAGACAUCGUCUCAAAACUCUCUCUCUCUCUCUCUCUCUCUCUCUCUAUCUCUCGCGUCACAUAUUAUCUCAAAUCGGUCGCUUUCUGUCAACCGCGAAGCCGUCGCUCUCACUUCUGCCCGGAAAAAUAUCUUUUCGCUUUCCUCUAACUAUUCAGUUCUCGGAAGUAGUCUCCGCUUCCUCAGUUCCUCUCUCUCUCUCUCUCUACCCCUCUCUCUCUCUCUAUCUGUCUAUCUAUCUAUCUGGAGAUUGAUUACUGGAAAUAGUUGCUUCCCUGUGGCAUUACGUUGGAGAGAAGAAAUCGUUUCGAAACGCUAGAGGUUUUUUUUUUUCUUAAUGUUCCUUUCUGGAGAGGAUUUUUUAUAGAGUAAAUGGAGGUGAUUGAGCUCUGGUUGUCGUUUCUUUAACAAUUAAGCAACUGGGUUUUUUUUUUUCUUUUUUUUUUUAUUUGAUUUGGAGAAGAAAAAUUGAAUGGCAGUGGAGUAUAAGUGCUGUGAAACGGAUUUCUUUAUACAAAUUCUGAUAAUUGUAUUGCUGGUGAUUUUCGCUGGAUCGAUGUCUGGGCUUACUCUUGGACUUAUGUCUAUGAGUAUCGUCGAUCUUGAAGUUCUUGCCCAGUCCGGGACCCCGAAAGAUCGCAAACACGCAGCAAAGAUAUUGCCGGUUGUCAAAAAUCAACAUUUAUUGCUCUGCACGCUGCUCAUUUGCAAUGCUGCUGCCAUGGAGGCCCUUCCUAUUUUUCUCGAUAGUCUGGUUACAGCUUGGGGUGCUAUUCUAAUUUCAGUUACCUUGAUUCUCCUAUUUGGUGAGAUUAUACCACAAUCUGUCUGUUCUCGUUAUGGUUUGGCAAUUGGUGCAACAGUGGCUCCAAUUGUUCGUGUUCUUGUGUGGAUCUGCUUCCCUGUUGCUUAUCCUAUAAGCAAGCUUCUGGACUUUCUGCUGGGUCAUGGACAUGUAGCACUGUUUCGCAGAGCUGAGUUGAAAACACUAGUAAACUUUCAUGGUAAUGAGGCAGGAAAAGGUGGAGAACUGACUCAUGAUGAGACAACGAUUAUAGCAGGAGCACUAGAGCUCAGUGAGAAAACAGCUGGUGAUGCCAUGACUCCUAUAUCUGAAACUUUUGCGAUUGAUAUAAAUGCCAAACUUGACAAGGAUUUGAUGAAUUUGGUCUUGGAGAAAGGGCAUAGCAGAGUGCCAGUUUAUUAUGAGCAACCUACAAAUAUAAUUGGACUUAUUCUGGUGAAGAAUUUAUUGACAAUUCACCCAGAAGAUGAAACACCAGUAAAGAAUGUCACCAUUCGAAGGAUUCCCAGGGUUCAAGAAAAUUUGCCAUUAUAUGAUAUACUGAAUGAGUUUCAGAAAGGUCACAGCCACAUGGCUGUUGUUGUAAGAAAGUGCAACAAGACAGAGAAGUCAACCAGUAACACGGCUGGUGUAAAAGAAGUUAGAGUUGAUGUUGAUGGUGAAAAGCCUCCUCAAGAGAAAACUUUAAAAAACAGAAGGCCGCUUCAGAAGUGGAAGAGCUUUCCCAAUGCCGGCAGCAAUUCAUUUAAGGGCUCAAGAAGCAAGAAGUGGACAAAGGACCUUGACUCGGAUAUCUUGCUUAUAAAUGGCAAUCCACUCCCUCAAAUUCCUGAAGAAGAAGAAGCUGUAGGCAUAAUAACAAUGGAAGAUGUCAUUGAAGAGCUUUUACAGGAGGAGAUCUAUGAUGAGACAGAUCAUCAUUUUGAAGACACAUGACACUGGUGUUCUUUGAGGAGCAAAAUCUAGUGUAGUAUAGACAAUCACUAAAAAUUUGUUAAAUUUAUUUCGGACAUUAGACUAGACUUGAGCUGGAGUAAAAACCAAGAAUAGAAUGAUCAGAAACUCGUUGUUUGCUAUGUAUUGCUUGUAUCAAGAAUAACUAGAAUUGUUGGUGCUUGUAUUGUUUGUAAAGGAAAUGGAUUCUUUGUUCAGCAGUGGGAAUCAAAAAGCUGCAAUAUUCAGGUAUCAGGCAGAGUCUUUAGGCAGCUGCCUGCUUAUCUUGCUGUAAGAUAGCAAAGAAGUGGAGAUGAUAUUGGCA